GGCCCCUUUGCCCCGCCGCAAUGAACCCCCCCGCAGCGGCCGGCGGGGAGGAGACGGGGGCUGCGGGCGGCGGCUGCCGGGGGGCCGAGGGCGGCGGGGAGGCGGCGGGUGCCGCCGGGGUCCCGGAGGAGCCGGGGCUGGCGGCGGCGGAGGAGUCGUUGGAGGAGAAACUGCGGAACCUCACCUUCAGGAAGCAGGUGUCCUACAGGAAAGCAAUCUCCAGGUCAGGCCUCCAGCACUUGGCUCCUGUGCAUUCCCUCAACAUUGCAAUCUCCAAUGGACCUGUGAAGGAACCAAGGGCAGCCUUAGAGUGGACUGAAAAUGCUGUUAAUGGAGAGCAUCUGUGGUUGGAGACAAACGUUUCUGGGGAUCUCUGUUACCUGGGGGAGGAAAGCUGCCAAGUGAAAUUCUCAAAAUCUGCUCUGCGGAGGAAGUGUGCUGCCUGCAAGAUCGUGGUCCAUAAUGCGUGCAUGGAGCAGUUAGAGAAGAUUAACUUUCGCUGCAAACCAACUUUCCGAGAAGGGAGCUCCAGAUCUCCAAGAGAAAACUUUGUCCGACAUCACUGGGUACACAGACGGAGGCAGGAGGGGAAAUGUAAGCAGUGUGGAAAGGGCUUUCAGCAGAAAUUCUCCUUCCAUAGUAAAGAGAUUGUGGCUAUCAGUUGUUCCUGGUGCAAGCUGGCGUUUCAUAACAAAGUCACCUGCUUCAUGCUACAUCACAUUGAGGAGCCGUGUUCUCUUGGGGCUCACGCAGCUGUCAUUGUGCCUCCCACCUGGAUCAUUAAGGUGAAGAAACCUCAGGGGGUCUCCAUACCAGGAGACGAGACUGAUUGGGCAGGAGACUGGAGCCCCGAAGGGGAAACGGGCGUCUCCUACCCCUAUUGGGAGGGUUGGCAGAACUCAUUAAAGACUUCAACACGGCGAAAGAAGAGGACGUCUUUUAAAAGAAAAGCCAGCAAAAGAGGCAACGAUGAUAACAAAGGUCGACCAUUUGUGAUAAAGCCUAUUUCCUCUCCACUCAUGAAACCACUGUUGGUUUUUGUAAAUCCAAAAAGUGGAGGGAACCAGGGCACCAAGGUUCUCCAAAUGUUUAUGUGGUAUUUGAAUCCACGCCAGGUCUUUGAUCUCUCUCAGGAAGGGCCAAAAGAUGCGCUGGAGCUGUACAGAAAAGUGCCAAACCUGCGGAUCCUGGCCUGUGGUGGGGAUGGAACGGUUGGCUGGAUCCUCUCUAUCCUAGAUGAGCUGCAACUCACUCCCCAGCCUCCUGUGGCUGUCCUUCCACUUGGCACUGGGAAUGACCUUGCCCGCACCCUCAACUGGGGUGGGGGUUACACAGAUGAGCCUGUGUCCAAGAUCUUGUGUCAUGUAGAAGAUGGGACCAUUGUCCAGCUGGAUCGAUGGAAUCUCCAGGUUGAGCGCAACCCAGAUUUGCCACAGGAUGAGCUGGAAGAUGGGUCACGUAAGCUUCCGCUCAAUGUCUUCAAUAAUUACUUCAGCCUUGGGUUUGAUGCACAUGUUACACUGGAGUUCCACGAAUCCAGAGAAGCAAAUCCAGAGAAAUUCAACAGCCGAUUUAGAAAUAAAAUGUUUUAUGCAGGGGCAGCCUUUUCAGACUUCUUGCAAAGAAGCUCAAGAGAUUUAUCCAAGCACGUUAAAGUUGUGUGUGAUGGUACAGACCUGACUCCAAAGAUCCAGGAGCUGAAGUUCCAGUGUAUAGUGUUUUUAAACAUUCCCAGGUAUUGUGCUGGCACAAUGCCCUGGGGAAACCCUGGAGAUCACAGAGACUUUGAACCUCAGCGCCAUGAUGAUGGCUACAUUGAAGUCAUUGGGUUUACCAUGGCCUCACUGGCUGCUCUCCAAGUGGGUGGUCAUGGAGAGAGGCUGCAUCAGUGCCGUGAGGUGACGCUUUUAACGUACAAGUCUAUCCCCAUGCAAGUGGAUGGUGAACCUUGUCGGUUGGCUCCCUCACUCAUUCGGAUCUCCUUAAGGAACCAAGCCAACAUGGUGCAGAAGAGCAAGAGGAGAACAUCCAUGCCUUUGUUGAAUGAUCCUCAUUCCAUCCCUGAUCGCCUGCGGAUCAGAGUGAACCGGAUUAAUUUGCAAGAAUAUGAAGGGCUACAUUAUGACAAGGAAAAACUCCGUGAAGCUUCCAUUCCAUUAGGAAUUAUAGUUGUUCGAGGAGAUUGUGACUUGGAGACCUGUCGUAUGUAUAUUGACCGUCUACAAGAGGACCUACAGUCAGCAACUUCUACUACACAGAGAGUUCAUUACCAGGACCAAGAAAGCUCUUUCCCAAGAGUACUUUCUGUUCAGAGGCUCUCUCCUAGAUGGUGCUUCCUAGAUGCAACUUCUGCUGAUCGUUUUUACCGCAUUGACAGAUCUCAGGAACAUUUGCACUUUGUGACGGAAAUUUCGCAGGACGAGAUUUUUAUUCUGGAUCCAGAGCUGGUAAUGUCACAGCAGGGGGGGACGCCACCUGGAAUGCCUGAUCUGGUAGUGGAGCAGGCCUCUGGAAUAUCAGAUCGGUGGAACCCUGCUGUUAGAAAGAGGAUGCUGAGUGACAGUGGCCUUGGCAAGAUUUCCCCGCACUACGAGGUACCUGACAAACAAAAGGACGCCAGCCAGGCCUAUAUGCUGCAGUCACCGGUUUCUUCAGAAGAUCAAGCACUUUUACAGGCAGUCAUAGCUGGUGAUCUGCUGAAGUUCAUAGAAUGCUGUAAAAAAGGAGCCAAUUUGCUAAUCCAAGGACCUGACCAUGGCUCCUUGUUGCAUCACGCUGCCAAGAGUGGGCAUGGCGAGAUUGUGAAGUAUAUCCUGGAACACGGUCCUUCUGAAUUACUGGACAUGACAGACAGUGAAACGGGUGAGACAGCAUUACAUAAAGCGGCCUGCCAGCGCCAUCGUGCCAUCUGCCAGCUCCUGGUGGAUGCGGGAGCCUCGCUGAGAAAGACGGACUCCAAGGGUAAGACUCCUCGUGACAGGGCUCAGCAAGCUGGUGAUCCAGAUCUGGCCUCCUAUCUGGAAAGUCGACAGAAUUACCAAAUGGUUCCCCAUGAGGAUUUGGAAACGGCUGUCUGAUAUCUGAAAACAGAGAAGAGGAUCUUCAGAAAUAGCAAGGCUGCACCUGAGCACUUGGGCAUUGUGUGAGGAAGAAGCUGAUGGAAUCAACAUGUCUCUCGCUCUCGUGGAAAAUAUCAGAGGACAUGCCACCAGUUUCUAAGGGCUACAGAGUCUUGCCACGGAACAGUUAGGUUCCAUAAGUUAGCCCAUGAUGGAUGAGGUGGGACAUUCAAAGGUCUGUGGAAUCCAUGGGCCAUGGAAAUUUACCUUAAUUGCUUCCAGCAAGUAGCAUGAACUUCUCCCAUGUUCAUCUGUACAAUUUAUUAAAAAAAAAAGAAAAAGAAAAAGAAAAAGAAAGAGAAAGAGAGAAGUGAAUGUUGGGGGAACCAAACUAACUGGGACAUUGAAACACCUAACCAGGCCCUUCACCAUCCCUACUUUUUUCUUGCAUACCCUUAAUUCUCCCAUUCCUCUCACUUGUCAUCUGUUAAAUGAUAUCUGUUAUCUCUGUGUCCUGGUCAUGCAGUAGCAAAAAAAAUUGCGUUCUGGAAUGCCCUUAGGGAGAAAACGUUUUUACCUGCUGUGUUCCCUCCUUUGCUAUCCCUUUGGAAGCUGCUUCCUUGGUCUUCUGUUACUGGAGAGUUUUUUCACUUUUGGAGAAGAUUCUGCCUAUUGCCUUGUUUUCUAGGGUUUGGGUCAAUUUAUAACAGUAACAAAAACUAACCUCCUCAUUGUUGCUGCAUAUAUGCUUAUGGUAUCCUGAUGAGACAGUCAUUUGAAUAGAAAGGUUAUCCAAUAUAGCCACGUUGUAUGACAGAGCAGAAAGCUGCCCCUAGGGUUUCUUGCACCACCGCUGUACUUACAAGGACCGACUGGUUUCUGUCAGCAUUCGGGCCUGACUAAAAGCUAAUAGUUAUUUUUUUUUUUUUUCUUUCACUUCUGGAAAGAUGGGUUUUAUGACAAGGAAAGGAAACCUUGGAGGUCACCAGUCAGCCAUGAAUAAAUGAACAAGCACUGCAUAUAUUGGGAACAGGAAAAUUUCUUCUGACUGAACCUGUAAACUACCUGAUUCCCCAAGGGGAAUGGAAGAAAGUUUUAAAGAGAGGCUCUCCCCAAGAAAAAGGACAAGCAUCAGCUCUUUACUCACUAUAGGCUUGGAAAUUUAAACUUGCUUAGCUGCUGUAAAGGCCUGCCAUGGCUACUGUACUCAUCUGUUCUCUGUCUUACCUCAAAGAUUAUAACUACAAAAGAAGAAAAAUCAGACACACAUAGACAUACAGAAAAUUUUCACCUUCAGGUUUUCUAUCAUUAAAGACAAUUCAGCUACCAGAAAUAGCAGAGCUUCCACUUUGCCCAGUUCUUAUGAAGACACUUGUGGCCCACUUUUUGGCAUAAUUCUUGCAAUAGAUUUUUGAAUUUUGCUUUGCUAUUUGUUUUGACUGAUCAUGUAGUGGUUGGUUUCAAAUGCAUUUCUAGGGAUAGGUCUUCGGUAGAUGUCGAUCGUCAAGAUCUCAUGCAGUUUGGAAACCAUGGAAAAAACUCAGGUCAUUGUUCAGAUAAGUUUUACUUCCUCAGUAGAAGUUGUGGAAAUUAAAUGAAUGAAAAUCCUUUCUUUAUUCUUUUUAAGUUUAUCUUUUCCCUUCUUCCCUCCCUCUCCUUCCUUCCCUCUUUUUCUCCCUCCUUCCUUCCCUCCGUCCCUCUUUCCUUCCCACCUUCCUUCCUUUCCUCCCUCCUUCCUUCCUUUUCCUUCCUUUUUGAGUGAUUCUUGUGGCAGAAAAAGAAAAGCUAUAUAUAUAUAUAUAUUAUUUUAUUUUUUUCUGUUUUCAAAAGUUUAUUUGAUAUGAGCGAAAUAUUUCUUUAGUAUUUCUUCCUCUGGAAGGAAACUAUAUAUAUUUGUAAUCUAUUGAUCAAUGGCGACAUGAAAUGUAUUUUGUCUUUUUUUUUUUCUAUCUUUAUUCUCGUUUGAGAAAUAAAAUAUAAAACCCAAAUUUCUUCCCUUGAUAAUAACGCAGGGGCUUAUGGUGAAGGUGUAUAUAUUGGAAAUGAAUUUGGCAAUGGUUAAAAUAAAUAUAUAAUUAUACAAUUUUGGUGUAUGUGAAACUUCCAUAAGGAAGACCCUCACCCUCACAGUAUGGUUUCAUGGUAGGCAUUGCAUCAUUUUCUAACUGUGAGAAAAGACUAUACUGUAAUAUUCCUAUAUAUUUGACUUAAAAUAUGAACGAUGCUAGCAUCAGUUGUAUCUUUUUGCUGUUUUACUGAUGUGAGAAACAGAGAGAGCUUCAGUGAUACCAGGGACUGGAUUUUGUCCUGUGCUGAGGUCAGACUGAGGCCUGAGCACAGGAUGCUCAGUGAGCACUUUGCAGCUCCCUCAUCCUUAAGUCACAAGAAGGUGGAACAAUACAGGUUUGCUCUGAUCACAGGUAGCCUCCAGAAGCCACGUAUGAAUUAUUAUACAGACUUGGGCCUGAUCCCUGUUCAUCUCCUGUAGUGCUCCUCUUGGUGCACUUGGGUGUCUCUUGUGCCCAGGGGUUGUGCACUGUUCACAGAAGGGGCUGGCUCUGGAGUAGACAAUUUUCCUGAGCUCCUUUCUGCCAUUUGGACUGCUCAAAGUAGCUGGAGCACACAUGAGAGAGCCUGGCCUGCUUUUUUCCCUAGCAGCAGGAAUGUGAUGCUAUGAUGAGCGAGAGUUGUCUAGAAAACUUACUGCUCUGUGUACGCAGUGUACUGCGGAGGCAGUUACUGUGUGAUGGAAAUAAACCCCAGUGCUGAAAUUAGGACAGGAGCUGGCUGGAUGUAGUGCCUCUUAACAUUCAAGGUGUCCAAACCACUGCACAAGUAAUGCAUUACUGGUGAGGUAUUGUAUGUAGAUAACAGAGCAUGUGUAUUAUUUUUUGUGAUGGCUCAUGCACAGCCAGGGAUGUCAGAGCUUGGUUCGCUGAAGGAUGAAGUUUUGGGUGAGGAUACAGCAGGAUUGUUUCUUAUUCCUUCCCCCCUGCUGUGAGAUUCCCAAUUUUGGACAGCCACUAGAAGCAGGCAGACCUCAGCCGUUAAUGGUAACACACACAUAUUGAAUCUCUUGAGUACUUGGGAUCUAGCUUAGUACAAUAUCAUUUGUUCCUGCACUGUGUAGAGCCUGCUGGAAGCCCACUUAGAUUACACAUGAAACAUUUACUAGAAGUGUCUGUUCUGUGGGUGUUGCUAUAUAUGUGUGUAUAUUGCUAUAUAUAUGUAUAUUUAUAAAUAUUAGUAUGCAUAUAUAUAGACUCAUGCACACUUUUAGGACUGUGCCAUUUGAAUAACAAGGUAUCUAGGGAUGCACAGAUGCUGAGGCUGAUGGACUGGCAAAAUGUCGUUUUCCAUUUUAAUUUGUUAUUAAGGAGGACCCUUUUCAGUAGAACUGAAGAGCUCCUGAAUUGUUCCAUUGUACCGGUUUGCUAUCUCAUUCUGGAGUUAAAUGGAGGGAAAUGAAAUAUUUAUAACACUGAUAAAAUAAAGUUACUUUUAUUAUUUAAUAGCAUCAGUUACUUUUAUUGUUUCAUGCUUCAAUGCUAGAGAUAUCAUUCUGUGUUUUCCAAGGCAUGAUGAUGUCAUAUCUUUCUCUCUAAUUAUAGCACCCUUCAGUAUUGUGAGGAGUAAGGCUGAAUGACUCAUGCAAGACAGGAGGAGUGCAAGGCUAAUUUUGCAUUGGCUCACGGAAUUGAACUCCGAUUCCAGUGACUCUUUCAUUAUUUCACAUGAAGGCUUCUCUGUAGGUUUACAUUUUCAGAUAUCUGUAGGUGUUUUUAAUGACAACUAUCACUUUCACCAGCAGUAUCAACUUGUGCUGUAGCCUGGAUUCUGCUACGUAAGGACUGCCUUCUAGAAGUACCAUAGACAUAAAGAAAAUAGAACAAAAAUUAUAUUCUGUUGCCAUUGAUCUUCCCAAUUGUAUUUGCAGAGCUGAUGCUUUGUGGAUGAAUAGUUGUGUUUUAUUUUUUCUGGUAGGGCAGUGGGAUACUCUUUAAGUAGUAUUUAACAUCUUCUUUUGCUCAUUUUUGCCUUUUUUUUUUUUUUUUUUUUUUUUUUUUGCUGUGACAGUGGUGUGCCUGUUAAUGAAAAUCACUAGCACACAACCUCAUGGUUGGAAGAUGACUGUUUUCCUUUCAAGCUGUACUAGAUGCCUGCUGUGGGGUGCAAUUAUGUGCUGACCCUUUCAGUUUCUCAAAAACGUGUUGAGAAGAUCUGAUUCUAGGUAAAAGCUAUGAAAUGGACAAGGUGCAUUGGCAAUCUAAAGUUUGCAGGUGCUUAGUGAUACACAAGAAAUAUGUGAAUAUGCUGGAAGUACGGCUACUUUGAAAGCACUCCAAGGACAAUUAUACCCUUACACUUAUAUAUUCCAGAAAGGAAGCAGUUCCUUAUGCUGAGCCAUCUGAGGUGUGUCAUUUUCUUUUCUCCAUUUUUUGCAUCUUUCACAUCAGACUAAUAUCCAUGGAGGAGUACUUUGCAAGAAUGGUGUUUAAGCUUCUGUGUAAGAACUCUUCUAUUAUACUGAAAUUAACAUUUCUUACUCCAAUGUAUCUGUUUUCCAUUCUUCAAACAUUAUUUUCUCUCUUUAUUUUCCUUUUGAAAUCUGAGCCAAAACGACAUUGGUUGUUUGUUUUCUAAUUAAUCUAAAGCCUGAAGUGUGAGUAUCUUUAGUUAUUUCAGUGAUCCUCUUAGCAGCUUAUCAUAUAAGUAUGCCUUUCUGGAUACCUGUGUGGCUACAGGGUAUAGUAUUACAGGGUUCUCUGUGGCAGUACUCAUCUUUACAUUUUGCUUUCUUAGCAACAGAGCGGGCAACUAUUUUUCUUAGUAUUGGAUAGCUACAGCUUUAAAAUCCCAGAGCUGCCUGCCAAGAUCAGUUGAUUGCAAUGGAGAUUCAGUAAUGUGCCAAAAGUGGCUUGCCAGCAUAUUGAUGAAGACCAGAAUUUUAUGCAGAGGAUGUGUCUCAAGAGUCAGUGCUUUAACUCCCUUUGGAAGGGCAGGUCAUGACUGCACUGUGAAAAUGCUUCAAGAGUAGAUAUAACUCAGCCCUGCUCCCAGAUCCUAGAGCAAACAGAAUACUUAGAGGGGCAAGGAUGGUUCAGUCUUUACUGAGGAGUUACCAGUCCCAAUAGACUGCGGGAGUUUGGCAUAGGCUGCCCCAAAGUAGGCUAAGUACCUGGAUUCUCACUUCUGUACCCAGCAGUCAAAGGAAGGAUUGUGGGUAAGUGUACUCCAAGCUGUGCAGUGGCACCAUGCUUCUCCUGACUGCCUUACCCAAUGUCCUGUCAGUACCAGAGCUCAGUGGCCUCUCUGGCAAAUUUCCAGCCCUCCUGUCCAUGACUAUACCCACAGAGAGCAGUGUUCUCUUGUCCCCUCUACACGUGCAUUGCAGCAACGGCCCCCACCUUGGCCAAGGGAUUUCCUGGCCUGUGUAUGGUGUGCUGCUACUGGAAUGGGGGAAAAUUCCUCCCUCAGGCCUUGAUCAUGCAAGUAAAUUCAUUACAUUUGACUUCAGUGAUUAGGCAGGCUUAGAGCUGAAUAACCUUACUGUAUUCAGCCAUCAGAGUGCAUCUUGUCUCCUGCCUUAUUUAUAGGGUGCCACAUUCCAGUCUCAGCUGCAGUUUCUUGUUUCUCAGGUUUUUUGUUUUUUUUUUUUUAAAGACAAUCUAUCCUAUACAGUACACAUGUGUUCAGUUAUACUGAGUGGGAAACACAAGCCUCUCAUUUUAAAAACUCCUCAUUCUGAUGUAACACACAACUACUAAGAAAUCUAAGCAGGGGGAUGCUUUGUAACAAAAGCAAUUGUUUCAACAUAAACACGACUAUAAUUCUGGAAAGAAUUCUAUGCUUAGCCCUUUAAAAACAGUCUAGCUUAUGCUUUUGUUUCCCUUUUAUGGAGGAGAUUUUUGGGAUCCUAAACCAGCAGUGAUUCUACUGAAACAUGCAUACAAGAAGGUGAAUAACCAAGAGAACAGAUGAGAGGUUUUCUUCAGUAAUUUGCUUUAUCCUAUUUUUGCCCUCAUCUACUAGAAACAGAAUGCUGAUAAGGGAAUGAUAUUUCAGAGCUCCCCAAUAUGCUUUGACGUGCAAGAAAUACACGCCAUUUGUUUUAGCAGUAUAGUACUACGUAUGUAAUUGCUUCAUCUAAAGCCAGCCUCUUUUCUGCUAGCAAAGUGUAACACCUGGCUCUUCAAUUAGUCCCUGUCUAGGAGUAUGCUUGACGUGUAACCUUCCACUCAGCAAAGUGUGCGUGGUUGCAAUCCGGCGCUCCAUCAUGACAAGUGCUGCAGCAAUUAGCUGAGUACUAAUGCAUGAACCACACAGCAAUUCAUUACUUAGCCUUAACCUUUAUUUUAAUGAGGGAAAUGGCCUUCUGGUUCCAACUGUCUUAAUGACCUUCAAUUAUCACUUUUUUUCCUCAGCAUGUGGCAGAGGGAGAGUGCAGUUCUUGCUCUUACAAGUAUUCAGAAAUACAAGUCUUGUCGAGGAAUGGUUAGGUUUGUAGGUAUGGAGAAGAAACUCAAGAAGCUCUUGAGCUUGAUUCAACAGACAUGAACAAUUUCAACUUGGCUAAUUGGGCUCUAAUGGAUAGUUUCCCUUAUGUAGGACUGUAAAAAAAAAUAAAAAUUCCUACAUGACAUUCACGCAGAAAAUGAAAGGAGGCAAGGUUAGAAAAGUAAAGCUAAGCUGGGUCCCGGGAAUGUGGACUCUACAGAAUGGAUUAUAUAAGCAUUGCUAUUUUCUGAGCAGAGAGCUGCCAAUGCUAACCGUUGAAGAUCACUGUAAUGAGUAAUUCAUUUAUCACAAUUAUCAUAUGUAUAUCCAUGUUUGGGGAUGCCAGAGGUUUUCCUUCCAAAUGAAUGGUAAGAAAGUCGCAUCAAAAGACAUGAUCACUACAGGCCACAAAGCAAAUUACUGUCUUCCCUCUACUGUCCCCCAGCUUGGCCCUUUUUACAGAACCAGUGCUUCUUUUUUUUUUUUAAGCUCAGAAGCGGGGAACACUUACUGAUGUGUUUGUUCUAAUAGGGGCUGGGUGCAGCUGUGAGUUUUCUCCUGUGGUCUUGCCACUGUUGUAAUAGUGUCCCUAUCUCCUUGGCACGUGAUAGCAGUAUACUCACAUCAAUCUGAGAAAAGACGUAAGCUUGCUGGCUGCUAAUGGCAGGAAGGAAAUGGAACAUAAUUUUAUUUAAAUCUGAUUUAAAAUCAUCUUGAAUGCUCUUUGCAUUUCCUUCCUUUUUUUAUUUUUUUUUUUCGCUGUCAUUUUUAGUCCUUUUUCAUUGGAGUCUUUACUUUCUGAUCAGUUUUCUUCCUUAGUUCACGCUGCCUUGA